CAUCUCGCAGAGAGAAGAGACCAUUUACGCCGGCUGCCGAGGAAAUGCAGAAAAAGGGAAAACGCUAAAAAAAAAUAAAAAAAAUAUGGCAACAUCUAAGCGAUAAAGGUCAUGACGCCGAACUGAAGCUGGUUGGCGAAUGUUCCUCAACGUCUCCGCUGCGGCUGUUACCCGAGCGGAGCCACCCCGAGGUCUGCGGCGCUUUGAACACGGUCACGGAGACGAGGAGGUCACCGCCGGGGGAACGGAACGAGACGAGAGGAUUAAUCGGAUCCCUCCUCACCUCCAGCCCCAGCACCCUCACCACCCCUCCAACCCCCCCAGCCCCCCUUCCUUCGUAAACAACACCUGCGCCACCAAUGGGGGCAGCGCCUGGCUGUUCCCCGUAGCCCAACACGGCAACAUGCAAGAUGAGAUCCUCGAGUCGGACAAGUCCAAGGCCUUGGACCUCCAGGACAUGCAGGACAAGUCUCAGCUCCAGGCCCAGCCUCAGGCCCUGUCCCCGGGCCACCAGCAGCAGCAGCAGGAGGCGGCGGGAGGCCUCGGAGAGCUCGAGGGAGCUCUCCUCGAAGACGGCCAGUUGGAGAAGGGCUCUUUGGAGAGCAGUGGCGGGAAGGAGAAGCUGAGGAUGGAUUCCCCCGUGCUGAGCGGGUUUGACUACCAGGACGGCCUGGGGAUGGGUACCAGCUGCACACAGUCCACCUCCUCCUCGUCCUCACUCACCAGCUUCAACAACUGGUCCCCCGCGGUGCCGUCCGCCCAGUCUCCGGUGGUCGGCGAGGACGUCGGAGGGUUCUUCGGCCCGACCGGCUCCAACUCCAACGGACCCCCGCUGCUGUUCCAGAACUUCUCCCACCACGCCGCGCCCGACUUCGGCGCCGGAGGUAGCUUCUCCCCGCAGAUCGGCCCCGUGUCGCAGCACCACCCGCCCGCGCCCCACCCCCAGCACUACCACCCCCACGGCCAGGGAGUCCCCCAGCAGCACCGCCGCUCCCCGGCCAGCCCUCACCCGGCCCAGCCCUCCUUCCCGCCGCACCCCCACCGCACCGGGCCGUUCACCCAGCUGCCCCACCUCGCGCCCGCCCAGAGCAAACCCCCGUCACCCUGGGGAAGCUACCAGAGCCCCUCCACUCCCACCUCCACCUCCUGGAGCCCCGGUGGGUACAGCGGCUGGGGGGGAACGCAGGGCGUCCGGGAGUACAGGCGCGGGGUCGGCGGCGGCGGCGGCAUGCCGGGUCUCAACUCCAUCUCCCCGCUGAAGAAGUCGUUCCCCAACAAUCAGGUUCCGUCUCAGAAGUUCCCCAGGAACAGCUCCGGUUUCAAUCACAAGGGCUGGGUGGAGGACGGCAUGAGCCGCAGCGACAGCGUCUACCCUUUCCAGGUGAGCGCAUCGCAGCAGGAGAGAACUCGGUCCUUUGAUGGGUUCAGUAUGCAUUCUCUGGAGAACUCCCUGAUUGACAUUAUGAGGGCUGAGCAGGACUCCUUGAAAGGACGCUACAGCUUCUCCCACCAGGCUGGAGACGGGCCUCUACCCAUGAACGCGAGAAGUUAUGGCAGAAGACGAGGCCAUUCCUCUCUGUUCCCGAUGGAGGACGAGCGCUCCUUCGGCGAGGACGAGUCCGGCGAGCAGGGCCUCACGGGCCUCGGGUCGGCCCACUGCUUCCCCCACCUCAACGGGGAGCGCGUGGAGCGAUACUCACGCAAAGUGUUCGUGGGCGGGCUGCCCCCGGACAUCGAUGAAGAUGAGAUUACUGCCAGUUUCCGCCGGUUCGGCCACCUGUUCGUGGACUGGCCUCACAAGGCGGAGAGCAAGUCCUACUUCCCCCCGAAGGGAUACGCAUUCCUGUUGUUUCAAGACGAGAGCUCCGUCCAGGCCCUGAUCGACGCCUGCAUCCAGGAGGACGGCAAGCUGUACCUGUGCGUCUCCAGCCCCACCAUCAAAGACAAGCCGGUCCAGAUCCGGCCCUGGAACCUCAACGACAGUGACUUUGUGAUGGACGGCUCUCAGCCGUUGGACCCCAGGAAAACCAUCUUUGUGGGCGGCGUCCCCCGCCCCCUACGCGCAGUGGAGCUCGCCAUGAUCAUGGACCGCCUGUAUGGGGGCGUGUGUUACGCUGGGAUCGACACGGACCCCGAACUCAAGUAUCCCAAAGGGGCGGGGCGAGUGGCCUUCUCCAAUCAGCAGAGCUACAUCGCGGCCAUCAGCGCCCGCUUCGUCCAACUGCAGCACGGGGAGAUUGAUAAACGGGUGGAAGUGAAGCCAUACGUCCUGGACGACCAGCUGUGUGACGAGUGCCAGGGCACCCGCUGCGGGGGCAAGUUCGCGCCGUUCUUCUGCGCCAACGUCACCUGCCUGCAGUACUACUGCGAGUACUGCUGGGCCGCCAUCCACAGCCGGGCCGGGCGCGAGUUCCACAAGCCGCUGGUGAAGGAGGGCGGAGACCGGCCGCGACACAUCUCCUUCCGCUGGAACUGAGGCGAGA